AUGUUAGGCUUCUCAUUCCGUAUCUACAAUGUGUUAGGCUUCUCAUUUCAUUCCUACAACGUGUUAGGCUUCUCAUUCCGUAUCUACAAUGUUUUAAGAUUCUCAUUCCAUAUCUAUAACAUGUUAGGCUUCUCAUUCCGUAUCUACAAUGUGUUAGGCUUCUCAUUCCAUUCCUACAAUGUUUUAAGAUUCUCAUUUCAUUCCAACAAUGUGUUAGGCUUCUCAUUCCAUUCCUACAAUGUGUUAGGCUUCUCAUUCCAUAUCUAUAACAUGUUAGGCUUCUCAUUCCGUAUCUACAAUGUGUUAGGCUUCUCAUUUCAUUCCUACAACGUGUUAGGCUUCUCAUUCCAUUCCUACAAUGUGUUAGGCUUCUCAUUUCAUUCCUACAACAUGUUAGGCUUCUCAUUCCGUAUCUACAAUGUGUUAGGCUUCUCAUUCCAUUCCUACAAUGUUUUAAGAUUCUCAUUUCAUUCCAACAAUGUGUUAAGCUUCUCAUUCCAUUCCUACAAUGUGUUAGGCUUCUCAUUCCAUAUCUAUAACAUGUUAGGCUUCUCAUUCCGUAUCUACAAUGUGUUAGGCUUCUCAUUUCAUUCCUACAACGUGUUAGGCUUCUCAUUCCAUUCCUACAAUGUGUUAGGCUUCUCAUUCCAUAUCUAUAACAUGUUAGGCUUCUCAUUCCGUAUCUACAAUGUGUUAGGCUUCUCAUUUCAUUCCUACAACGUGUUAGGCUUCUCAUUCCAUUCCUACAAUGUGUUAGGCUUCUCAUUCCAUAUCUAUAACAUGUUAGGCUUCUCAUUCCGUAUCUACAAUGUGUUAGGCUUCUCAUUUCAUUCCUACAACGUGUUAGGCUUCUCAUUCCGUAUCUACAAUGUUUUAAGAUUCUCAUUCCAUAUCUAUAACAUGUUAGGCUUCUCAUUCCGUAUCUACAACAUGUUAGGCUUCUCAUUCCAUUCCUACAAUGUAUUGUAA